AUGUUCGCUGUUCCAGGAUGGUCGCUCUCCUCGACUCCCAAACGCGAGACUGAAGCGUCCAAGGCCGCGAAAGAAUCGACUUCCAAGGCCAACAAUGCGAAGAACAACAAGCGAAAGCGCGGAAAUGACAGCAUCACCCGCGGAAAUGUCGAUGAGAUGUAUCGGAAGCAUAUCGAGGGCCACUCUGCUAGACCCAGAAACGCAAACAAAGCUGCGAAGAAGCAGAAGAACGAGAAGCAACCCGAGAAGCCUGCCCAAACAAUAGUCGAUGGUGCCCAGGAGAACAAACCUGCCGACACUCCCAAAGACGAAGAGCAUACCCCAAAGAAGAGUGCGAAGAAGAACAAGAACAAAAAGGAGCAGAAGGACCAAACGGACCGACCCGACCAAGCCCAGAAAGAAAACGCAACCUCUACGCCUACCGCUGCCGCACCAACCCCUGCAGUCGAAUCAUUGAGCGCACCUCCAACAACAUCGGCGACCUUGACACCGCUCCAGCAAGCUAUGCGCCAAAAAUUGAUUUCUUCUCGCUUCCGCCAUCUCAAUGAGACCCUCUACACAACCGAUUCUUCGAAGGCCGUGGAGCUCUUCAACGCCAACCCGGAACUCUUCGAUGAAUACCAUGCUGGUUUCUCCCGCCAGGUCAAGGAAUCCUGGCCUUCUAACCCAGUAGAUGGCUACAUUCAAUUCGUCCGCCGUCGAGGUGUUGUACCCAUGCCAAAGAGAGGAAGCAAGCUAAACCCCAAUAAGCCACCUCCCCUGCCUCGCAGACCCAAUGGAGCUUGUAGCAUCGCUGAUCUCGGCUGUGGCGAUGCCGGAUUUGCACGCGCUUUGACCCCGUCGGCGAAGAAGUUAAAGCUCAAUCUUAACAGCUACGAUCUCCAGGCCCCAGACUCUCUCAUCACCAAGGCGGACAUCUCUAAUUUGCCUCUUGAAGACGGAUCUAUGGAUGUGGCCGUCUUCUGUUUAAGUUUGAUGGGAACCAACUGGGUUUCGUUCGUGGAAGAGGCAUGGCGCAUUCUACGUGGUGAUGGUAAAGGCGAGUGCUGGGUUAGUGAGGUCAAGAGUCGAUUUGGAAAAGUCAACCGCAAGAAGUCACAGAUUGGGGCCCAAAAGCCCGCACUGAGCAAAACUCAGCAGAAGAAGCAGCCGAAAAAGAAGAAUGGUGAUGAUGAUGAAGAUGUUGAGGAUGCCGAGAUCUAUGCUGAGGAUGCUCGUCGCAGUGAUGCUGCUGACGAGACUGACAUUUCUGCUUUCGUGGAGGUAUUCCGAACCCGUGGAUUUGUGCUCAAGUCAGAGACAGUCGACAAAUCCAACAAGAUGUUUGUCAAGAUGGAAUUUUUGAAGGUAGGCAGCGGCCCUACAAAGGGAAAGCAUGCCCCGUCUGUUAGCGCCCCUGCAGCUGGAGGGAAGAAGCGAUUUGUGGAUCGCAAGCCUGAUGCUAGCACUGGAAUGACGCCCGAGCAGGAGGCUCAGGUCCUCAAACCCUGUGUGUACAAGAUUCGAUAG